AUGAUUUCCUCUCAGGCAAAUCUACCCAAUCACAACUUGUCCCAGAUGGAUUUCACCUCGUUACCCAAAAAUAUCGACAAAAAUGUCGACGUCGACGUGGACGUGGACGUGGACGUGGACACGUCCCCGGACUCGUCGCUGGACCUGAAAAAGAAAAUCCCGAGAGAACUCACUGCCCACGGCACCACGCCGCUGGGCAAGCCCAGGCUCUUCGUGUGCAACACUUGCACGAGGGCGUUUGCUCGCUUGGAGCACUUGCGCCGCCACGAGCGGUCCCAUACGAAGGAGAAGCCCUUCACCUGUGGCGUGUGCCAAAGAAAGUUCUCUAGACGUGACUUGCUCUUGAGACAUGCUCAGAAGUUGCACGCUGGGUGUGCCGACGCCAUCACUCGCUUGAGAAGAAAACUGAUCAAGUCCAACUCCAUCAGCUCCGCCUCGGGCGAGAUGUACGAUGAGACCCAAAUGUCGUCGCAGUCUCCGUUCCCCAACAACUUCCAGGACGCUACCCCAGGUUCUAAUGUGCUUACCGCCGGCAAGCCUGCCAGUGCCAAUGCUAAUACGGCUUCGAUGGCCAUCCCUACCCCAAACAACUCCCACAGGGGCUCUUUGGACAGCAUCCAGUUCAACUUGAACUUAUUCAAUCCGGUGCUGGGGCCUCGCAAACCCAAGAAGGACAUGAAAACCCCUGCAUUGUCAAGAAGCUCGUCCAUAAAGGACUCCAAUUUACAAAGACAGAUGUUUGACCGUCGUAAGGCCAACAGAAACAGGGGGGCUUCCUUUUCAGCUCAGUCUGGUGGAAACUAUGCAAUGGCCAUGCCAGAGUUCAACGACUCGUACCCUGGAGCUGAUAAUGUGGAAUUCUCAACUCCUCAAUUGCUUCCGUCGUCAGUAGGUGAAGACAACUCGUGGUUUAGCAACUUGUCAACGAUACCUAGCAUGGAGAACUUCAACAAGAAUAACUCCCAGAGACUUAAUCGCGAAGAGUCCAUCACCUCGUUGUCAUUGGAUACUCACGAUUUGCAGAACUCUGCGUUCCAAGGAAUGAUGCGCUCCGACAGUAUAACCUCCGGUGGCUCUUUCCACAACAUGGAUGCUGGCACUCCAACUCAGCCGCCUUUUCCAGCACACAAUGGCAGUUUCAGCAAAGGUUCAAGGACUGAGCAUUCUGCGAACAAUGGCUUGAGGCAAGGUGAAGGCAGUGACAUGGGCUAUUCAUUUUACGGGAUUCCAGAAAAUAUGGCAGGAAAACCUACUAGUGCUCCCAAAAUGAAUCAACCGCUCUCUCCGAUCAAACAAGAGUUGGAUGAUGAGCUCAUGGACUUGGACAAUGGAAACGCUUUUGACAAUCAGAUGCAUAGCAUGAGCAUUCCCACAGCUAUCACCAACGGUGUCAACUUUGACCUUAACUUUUUGAAGGACAUUGAUGAACUCACGCAAGAUUUUGAUGUCGGAUCGAAGUUCUUACCGAACGGAUAUUCCUUCUACGGUGAUAUUCAAUCUGUUUCCUCAUCUGGUCUCGACCUGACUCCUCCUCCAACACUCCUUUCUCCUUCUGGUGUGUCAGGCAACAACUACUCGCAAUAUAAUCAUGGACAACAAGGCAUGGGUGAGACACAUCAAUCGGCGAAUGACUCCGCAAGCUCACCUGAUACAGGCUACAGCAGAACUACUUUAUUCACGAGAAACAUACGGUACAUGAUCAACAAGUCGCUAAGUAAGUACCCAAUUAGUGGCAUUAUGUCUCCAUCCAUUCCUUCAAAUGACAAAUUGGAACUGUACCUACAAAUCUUUGUUGGCAUGUUCCUCUCGCACUUCCCAUUCAUUCACCCUUCCAAACUCAAUGAGUACGAGAUAAUGAGCAUGACAUCCAAUGAAAGUAUGAGCAAUGAGAGCGCCAGAGUGUGCAUGCCGCUUUUGGUGGCUACCUUGGGCGCCUUGUUAGCAAACAAUAAGAACGAUGCUGAGAACCUUUAUGAGGCAUCUCGCAGAACCAUUCAUAUUUAUUUGGAAAACCGUAAGAACUCGGCCGGUGAUAUAAUAGGUGCGUCGCAGAAUCCUACUCAGACCGUCAACCCACUCUGGUUGAUUCAAUCGCUCACGCUUUCGGUAAUUUACGGUUUGUUCUCGGAUAACGAGAACAACGUCUACAUUGUUAUCCGUCAGCUCAAUGCUUUGAAUUCUUUGGUGAAAACCUCGAUUAAGAGCAACAGAAAAAUCCUUUUCAGCAUCAGCGGUGAGGAUGAAGAGAACUUCAAGAUCAUUCAUGAAGUGCAGUCUUCAGAGAAAGGUCUUUCAAUGUUGUCUAAUGAAGAGCAAAAGAAUGAAGUGCUUUUCAAAAACAAUAUCAGUCUUCAAUCUCAGGCUAGAAUUGUCUUCAUGAUUUACAAGUUGACGAACUUCAUCUUGAUGACUUAUAAUGUCCCACUCACGUUGAGUAUCAACGAUCUUGGCUCCCUUAUGUGCCCAAACACAUUCGAUGAGUAUUUGUGGAAUUUCAGGAGCUAUCAUGAGUUCGUGAAUUAUCAGAGAAGUGUGGAAUCUCCUCAUGGCCUCAGUUUCUACUUGGGUAAGAAUGAGCACAACUCCAUUGUCUUCAAAGAUUUGUUGUUCAAACUACUGAAGAAUGACAUGAACCCGUCCAUGGUCUCUCAGUUGUCAAAUCUCAGUAAGUAUGGCUUCACCUCAAUUGCCCAUGGUAUCUACGAAAUGAAGCAGUAUGAUGAGAUGAAGUAUAUCGACGUCUUUGCCAUCCUUGAUAACUUGACCAUGUUCAUUGAUAACUCCAAGAACAAUGCGGACACCAGGAUCGUGAAGGAAGCGUCUUUGGAUUAUGAGAAACUGGACUACGCUUUGUUGGUAAACUUUAUAAAGAUCACUUCCACCAUUGACUUCAAGCUCGUGAAGGAACAGAGCUGGCUAAAGAAUUACGACGAGCUCACGAAGAACUACCACAAAUUUUUAGUCUCUGCUGACUCCGUGGACGAUGUUGAUUUCUUGAAAGUCGUUGACUGCUGCAUACUCAUUGUGAAGUUAUUGUUGUUCAAGAUUGAAGACAGGAGUCGUGACGGGCACGAUGGCCUCUCUCAAGAUAUGAACUUUGGUGACAACAGUUUGCUGCAUCAGUACAACACGUGCGCCAAUUUCGAAAAGUCAAUGGGAUGGAAGAUUAAUGACGAGAUUGAUAUAACAAAGAAUUCCGUUCACUCUCAGAUGUUGUUUCAUGUCUUCACAAUUCUUUCAAUCUUCGCCAUCUUCAUCGCAAAGAGAAAUCUUGCUCUGAAUGAAUUUGGCAGAACCGAGAAAGUGUCCUCGACAAGUCAACUAAAUCAAAGAUUCAUGGUCGUGCUUCGAAUUCUUGCCAGAAUCGAGCAGUUCUUAAAGACCAAGUAUCGCAACUCAAAGCAUGAGUCUGACCUCACCAACUUAUAUUUAUUUUCGUCAUUCAACAACGAUAGCUUGCUCAUGGACAGUACCGAUUUCAUGCACAAUGACGAAGCGAUGAAGCAGCUCGUUAACUCUCAUGAGAAUUACUUCGGGUACAGCUUAGAAAAGUCGCUCUAUGUUCUAAAAAUUGGAGAGCUUUUGUUGAGGUACCUCUACGACACUAACAUCAAGGUUUGCAUUUUCAGAAAAUUGAGUGGAAGCCUUCUGCAAAUGAGAAAGUAUUUGAUUGACAAUGAAAGUCGAAUUCUCGCCUAA